AUGAUGGGGUGUAGUUCUUCAUAACAAGACGUUAGCAUUUAACAAAAUAAAAAAUCAUCAAUCAAUCCAUAUUUUGAAUCAUCUAGCCUAGGUUCUAUAAAAACAAAAAAUAGAAUAAUUAUGGCAGGAAUGUCAAGACUAAGAGCAGAUCCAAAAACAAAUAUUCCAAAUGAUUUAAUGGCUGAGUACUACUCAUAAAGGGCAUCUUUUGGAGCUAUCAUCACCGAAAGUAGUGCUAUAUCAUCUAAUUCAAAUGCUUUUCCUGGUUCUGGAAAUAUUUACACUUUGGAGUAAGUUGAGGGUUGGAAGAAAGUUGUUGAUAAAGUACAUCAAAAUGGAGGUAAAAUUAUAAUUUAGCUCUUUCAUUGUGGGAGAGUUGCUCUACCUUCAUUUAUAGGAGGAGAAUUACCUAUAGCUCCGAGUCCUAUAGGUUUAACAACCCCUCAUUUUUUUACCAAACAGAGCUAUCCAGUUCCUAAAGAAAUGAAUAAAUAAGAUAUAUUGAAUGUCAUUGAAUAAUUCAAGAAUGCUGCUAUUAAUGCUAAAAAAGCUAACUUUGAUGGAAUUCAAUUACAUGCUGGAAAUGGAUACUUAAUUGAUUAAUUUUUAAGAGAUGGUACUAACAAAAGGACUGACGAUUAUGGAGGAAGUAUUCCAAACAGAGCUAGAUUCUUACUUGAAGUUAUUGAUUCUAUAAGCUAAGUUUUUGGAUAUGAUAAAAUAGGUGUAAGACUUACUCCAACUGGUAGAUACAAUGAAAUGUAUGAUUCAAAUCCUCUGGAAUUAGUUUAAUAUCUUUUAAAACAAUUUGAAAAGAGAAAUCUUGGUUUUGUUGAACUAAAAAGACAUGAUAAAACAAAUCGUAAAAACAUUUAAUAAUCAGCUGCUGAUGAUGGGUUAGUUGAUCCUGAAUUAUAAAUGCCUAACUUUUUCGAUUCGAUAAGAGGACUAUAUAAAGGUUGCAUCAUUCUAAAUGAUGGAAUUACUUAUGAAGAGGGACUAAAACUCUUAUAACAGAACAAAGGAGACUUUAUUAGCUUUGGAAGAUAUGCUGUAAGCAAUCCAGAUUUACCACAAAGAUUUUAAAAUAAUUGGGAAUUAAGUGAUGCAGAUUAAAAUACGUUUUAUAGAGGAGGAGAUAAAGGUUAUGUUGAUUAUUUAACAUAUGAAUAAUCCUAAAGUAAAAAUAAAUCUUGA